AUUUUUAUGCAUCCUGGAUGUGGACAUGUUCACCAUGUGUUCACCCGAAACUGGGAUCAAGAGCAUCAGGCCCUGUUCAUGAAGCAAGAUGCCGGGGCCUUCCCCAACCGUGGGUACAUGUAGUGACCCUUGCGCAUGGAUACAUGUACGUAUUGGUAGCAUCAUCAAAAUCCAAUCUGCACCUGUGACAAUGCAAUGUUCUUUGGAGCGGCAUUGCAGAUUCCUGACAGGAACUUUCAAAUGUUAGCUUCCAGUCAUUUCCUGUUUGGGCAUGACGUCAGGGGUGAACACAUUCGAGUCAAACCUUGGCGGCUAGUUGACUGACACUCUUGUGAUCUUCACCAAAGCAUUGUCAGACUGUAGAACAACAUUGAACGCAUGCAACAUGCAGCCACAAAAUUCACCUCUGCAGUCGAUACCCAACUUUCGAGAUGUUGGCGAGUUCAUCAACAAGACGACGGGCUCACAAACCGAACACAUUGAGCAAGCCCAAAAACGAGAUGCCAGAAUCAAUGCAUCUGCUGCUGUUCCGCAGUCCAAUGAAGACGUGACAGAGCCCUUGAAGAUCCCAGACAUUACGUAUCACGAGAUAAAUUUUAACGGCUCGGCCUUCUCGCGCAUGCUCAUCUCAAAGCUGACGUGGAUGGAGUUCUUCCGACUCGCGGGCUUGAUGAUUUUUGGAUAUCGCCUCGAUGCAAUCAAGAUACUUGCUCCUCACAUGGAGGAGAUGGGUCUUGUCGGACUCGCGACCGAGUCUCUAGAUGUGUGCACCAAGGAAGUCAAGCAGGUGUUUGACGUGCUGGCCGACGAGAGGAAUUGGCCGGUCAUGGUGCAUUGUACGCAAGGAAAAGACCGCACAGGAUUGGUUGUUAUGCUUCUGCUGUUUCUGCUCAAAGUAGACGUGGCUGCCAUCGACAAGGACUACAUGAUCUCGGAGUCUGAGCUCGAGGCAGAAAAACCGGCACGGGUCAAAGAGAUUGCCGCCAUUGGAUUGUCGGAACGCUUUGCGUGCUGCGCUCCAGAAACCGUCAGAAGCGUACAAAAGCACCUCGACAUGAAAUAUGGGGGCGUGGACAAGUAUCUGCUGUCAACGGGAGUCACGGAUGAGGUGCUGGUCCGAGUUAGGCAAAUUCUCCAGGCUGAUGAUAGGGUGUGA